AUGCCACAGCCUCGUGGUGGUGUGUCUAAUUUUGGCACCCGAUCAAGUUGUGUUGCGGCGGAGGCCGCCAUCGUCGAAACCCUGGUUGAAGAGCGCGAGGGCAGUUUCCUAGGUGAUCAGCUCGCACACGGCGAGAUGGUGAUUGUCGUUUGGACCAUGGGAAGGCGGGCGCCAUGGAACAAAGAUGAGACAAUCAAAGCGGCCUUGACCACCGAGAUGGAGACGUUGAAAUCUACAAAGACUGCACAACCGGACGCGGAUCAAGACAUCAAAGCUUACGAAAGAUUAGAGCGACAACGGGUCCGCGCCGUCAAAGAGGUUGAAUAUCUUCGACCACAAUUGAAGAUCCCCGACACCGAGGAAGCUGUCUUGAUGGACAACCAGAACUUCGAUGCACAACGCUCGGAAUAA